CAGCCUAUAGACAGCCUAAGAGACCGCUGCAGCUGUCAAUUGCACUCAGGCGAAUGUCAAACUCAAAGGUCAACCGUCAAAUUAUCAUAACAAAUGAAAAUCAAAUUAGUUUGAAACUUUUAAUUAGUAUCGAAAUGAAUGCGCAGGAGUCGUGCGGUGUGUAUCGUUGUACGGCGAGAAGCUAGCUAUUGUUUACGAGAUAUGCUUGCGGCGCGACUUGCGCUGCUCGCGCUGCUGGCCGCGCUGGCGCGCGCGAGCAUGCGCGAGCCGGCCGCGUACGCCGUGGAGCACGCGACGCUGCUGAACGAGGCGGAGCGGCGCGACCGCGAGGUGGGCCUGCACGUGCGCGCGGCGCUGCGCCUGCGCCCCGCCUGGGCGGCCGCCGACCAGCUGCUGCUGCAGUUCGAGCUGCUAUCUCCAAAGCUAUACGGGCGCGGCAAGCAUGUGAAUGCUGACUUUGUGCAAAUAGAGUCAGUGUGGGACGCCUACCCGCACUCCACCUUCUAUGCACACUGGAAGGAAGGGCUCAUCCAACAGGUGUACUUAGACCCAGAUGAGCUGAUAGACAUUCAGAACUUUAAAAGAUCACUGAUCAGUUUGUUCCAGUUUCAAGUGGCGGAGGGCCAGCGCAACGAGACGGACGCCACGGGGCAGUGCGAGGUGCAGUACGAGGCGCCCUCCGAGACCACCGUGCGGAAGGUCAAGCGGCGCUGCCGGAGCGCGGGCUGGGCGCCGGGCGGCGCCGGGGCGCGGCGCCUGGCGCGCUACUCGCUGGCCGGCGGCGCGCUGCGCGAGGCGCACGCGGAGGAGCUGCUGGCGCUGGGCGCGGCGCCGCUGGCCGCGCUGAAGGUGCGCGCCUGGCUGCGCGCCACGCGCACCGAGCCCGCGCCGCCGCCACUGGCGCCGCACCGCUCGCUGGCGGACGCGCUGGCCGCGCUGCCGCCGGAGCUGCGCGCCGCGCCGCUGCCGGUGCCGCCGCCGCGCGCCGACGCGCCGGCCGCCGACGCGAGCGCGCCGGCGCCCAGCGACUCCGAGCUGACGGAGCUGGCGCGCCGGGCGGGCCACGCGGCGCCGGGCCACGGCGGCUCGCUGCGGGCGGCGCGCGCCGCGCUGGCGCUAAUGGCCGCGCCGCCCGCGCGCCUGGCCGCGCUGCUGCGAGACGGCGCCGACGCCGACGCGCUGGCCGGCCUGUGCGCCGCGCUGGGCCUGGUCGCCAGCGCGCCCGCGCACGGAGCCGCCGCCGCCUUCCUGCGCCUGCGCCACGCCGACGCGCCGCAGCGCCUCGCGCGCGUCUACUUCGCGGCGCUGGCGCUGGCGCCCGGCCCCGCCGACGCGGUCGUGGACGACGCGCUGGCGCUCGGCGACGACCUGCCCGACGCGGCGCUGGCCGACGCCGCGCUGCUGGCCGGCGCCGCCGCCGCCUCGCGCGCCUCCCCCGCCGCGCAGGAGCGCGCGCGCGCGCGGCUGGUGCGCGGGCUGGCGCGCUGCGCGCACGACGCGUGCCGGGCCGUGCGCGCCGCGGCGCUGGCCAACCUGCGGCGCGCCGACGCCGCCGAGCCGCUGCUGCGGCUGGCGGAGCGCGGCGGCGCGGCGGGCGAGGCGGCGCUGGACGCGCUGGACGAGCUGGCGGCGGCGCACGGGGCGCCGGCGGGCGCGGCGGCGCGUCUGGAGCGGCUGGCGCUGGGCGCGGGCCCGGCGGAGCUGCGCGCGGCGGCGCUGGACCUGCUGCUGCUGGGCGCGGCGGAGGCGCCGUGGGCGCUGCCGCGCGUGCUGCUGCGGCUGCGCGAGCAGCGCGCGGGCGAGCUGCUGCGGCUGGCGUGGCAGCGGCUGCGCGCGCUGGCCGAGCGGCACGAGCCCGUGCGCCUGCUGCUGCGGCUGCUGCCGCCGGAGCUGCGCGGGUGGGACGCGCGGGCGUCGGCGGGUGAGGGCCGCGCCAUUUUUGUUCGAAGCUUUCGAUUGUGUUCGACUCGUCGCGUCGGUGGUACUGAGAUGCUUCGAUGCGGUCAGGAUUCGAUAGAACGCAUUGUUACGAGGAAGCUCGGAGACGCCGAAUCGCUCAAACGAUAUGCUACUAGAGCACGCUUUAUGAAUUGCCUGAUGGAGUUCAAAUCUCUCGACUCUGACUCUCGAAUCGGAAAGGCGCUCCCGAGCACGUCGGCGCUGCUGCUGCGCGAGCUGGCGGCGCGCGGCGGCUGGCGCGCGCAGCUGGAGUCGCGGCAGCUGGCGGGCGGCGCGGCGCUGCGGCGCGGCCGCGUGCGCGUGCUGGCGCUGGCGCCCGACGGCGCGCGCGCGCCGGCGCUGGGCGUGGAGCUGCGCGCGCGCGGCCUGGGCGCGCUGGCGGGCGACGCGGGCGACGCGGGCGACGCGGACGACGGCGAAGCGCCGGGCGCCGCGCUGGCGCUGGCCGUGGGCGGCGCGCGCCUGCCCGAGCUGCCGCUGUUCGCGGGGCGGGCCGAGCUGCUGGGCCACGUGUGGGCGGGCAGCGCCAGCGAGCCCACGCCCGUGCUGCGCGCGCUGUGGCCGCUGGCGGGCGCGCGCGUGGCGCUGCCGCUGCUGGGCGGCGCGGCGCUGCGCUUCGAGCAGACGGCGCUGCUGGCGGCGGCGCUGGACGCGGACGCGCAGGCGUCGCUGUGGGCGCGCACGGCGCGCGCGCGACUGUCGCUGCGCGCGGCGCUGGCGGCGCGGGGCGAGGCGCGCGUGCGCGCGGCGUGGGGCGCGCUGGACGCGCGGGGCGAGGCGGAGCUGGAGCCGCGCAUGCGCAUCGGCGCGGACGCGGACUUCUACGACGGCGCGGCGCUGUGCGUGCGCGUGCGCGUGGACGACUACGGCCACAGGUGCGCUACCGAUAAACAUUCAUUCGAUCGGUGGGUUAGAAAUAAGUCGGGAAGUCCCGGCUGGCAGAGGGCAGUUCCUGCCAGGGAUUUAACUAAUGAACUCAUCGCUGUCGACUUUGUAAAAUUGCAACUUUUGCAUUUCUAGUCAUUUAAAAGGAAUUCAUAGAUUAUUUAUUAAACAGCUUAGAGAAAGAAUCACAUAUUUGACUUACCGCUAGUGUUUCUGUCACGCGAUGUCUGCGGGUAUUUUCGUAUAAGUAAAUACCGAUGCGAUUAAUUACCGAAUUCAAUCUUUUUCUUAAACAAACUGAAGUUGAAUAUUGAAGAGAGAACUGUUGAGUGUGAAAAUAUAUGUUCUUGCAUGUGAAACGAGUUAGUGGUUAACUCAAAUUGACACUUCGCAAAGCGAUAGUUUAUGUAACGGAUUAGAAAUCAUCAAUUCCCUUUUUUUCAAUGGUAAACGUAUCGGUAUUCGAAUAAUGGCGCAAGGUUAUGUCGAAUUAUAUAAUAUACUGGUGGCGGACGUUUAGUGGCUCACUAACGAGAAGGAACCUUCUUACUGAAUAAAAGUAAUUUAUUUAUUUUUAAUUUAAAAUGCACCCCCCUUUUUAAAUAAAAAACGACAACAGUUACAAAAGGAAUAAUCAAAACUAUUCCUGAUUUUUUUUUACUGUAGACAUCACACCUUCGAGGUAUUGCGCCUUUAUCAUAUUGAAGCAAUAAAAAUUCGUCAAUUUAUUUUAAACUUUGGGAGACUGUCGACUGUUAUGUCAAUAUCAACAACUUUACUAAUAUUACACACACCGGCAUAUUUAGCGAAAAACAAAAAAAGUUUUGAUAUCAGUAUCAUAUAAGGUUGCUGGCUGGUUAUACGUCAUUUCAUUUAAAAAGAAAUAUUUUCAAAUUAAGAAAACAACUGAACAUCAC